UCUCAAUUUAACAUCAAAACUCAUAGAACCGUAACUUUUCUGCUUACCAAAAUUGAAUAUUCAUUUCUUCUGUUUUCUUUCAUUUUGAACUCAGAAUCUUUAGAACAAUGUUUCAACUCGAUGUGCUUUUUCUGUAUGUCUUACCCGUUCUCUUGUUAAUCCUACCCAUAGUACUCUUCUUCUUAACAAAACAAAGACCAUUUUCUUCAUCUUCAACCAACAACAACAUCACCAUCCCGAAAUCAUACCCACUUAUCGGUGCUUACUUAUCUUACAGAAACAACUUACACCGCCGCAUCGAAUGGCUCUCUGACAUCGUCCAAAUCUCUCCCUCCGCCACUUUCCAACUCGGCGGCGCCUUAGGUAAACACCAAAUCAUCACCGGAAACCCAUCCACCGUUCAACACAUUCUCAAAAACCAAUUUUCCAAUUACCAAAAAGGCACAUCCUUCACAAAUACCCUCUCCGAUUUCCUAGGGACAGGAAUCUUCAACACAGACGGCCAAAACUGGAAGUUUCAAAGACAAGUCGCAAGCCACGAGUUCAACACGAAAUCAAUCCGUAACUUCGUAGAACACAUAGUCGACACAGAACUCACCAACCGUUUAAUCCCAAUCCUCAAUUCAUCAACCCAAACAAACCAAAUCCUCGACUUCCAAGACAUUCUCCAACGUUUCACUUUCGACAACAUCUGCAAAAUCGCGUUUGGUUUCGACCCAGAGUAUCUAACUCCGUCAGCUAACCGAACGAAAUUCGCGCUAGCAUACGAAGACGCAGUGGAAAUAAGCUCAAAACGUUUCCGUGUACCGUUACCAAUCAUAUGGAAAAUAAAAAAAUACUUCAACAUAGGUUCGGAAAAGCGUCUCAAAGAAGCAGUAACAGAAGUACGAGAAUUCGCGAAAAAAAUAGUUCGAGAUAAAAAACGAGAGCUAGAAGAAACAUCAUUGCUUCAAACAGAUGACAUGUUAUCGCGUUUCUUAAGUUCGGGUCAUUUCGAAGAAGAGUUUGUUACUGAUAUGGUAAUAAGUUUUAUUUUAGCGGGAAAAGAUUCAAGUUCAGCUGCAUUAACGUGGUUUUUCUGGCUAUUAUGGAAGAAUCCACGUGUUGAGGAAGAGAUUGUGAAGGAAGUGAAUGAAAAAUCUGAGUCGUUGGUUUAUGAUGAAGUGAAGGAAAUGGUUUAUACGCAUGCUGCGUUGAGUGAGAGUAUGAGAUUGUAUCCACCUGUGCCGUUGGAUAGUAAGGAAGCUAUAAACGACGAUGUUUUACCGGAUGGGAGGGUUGUGAAGAAAGGGACGAUAGUGACUUAUCAUGUGUAUGCGAUGGGGAGGAUGAAGAGUUUGUGGGGGGAUGAUUGGGCUGAGUUUAGGCCGGAGAGGUGGUUGGAGAGAGAUGAGGUGAAUGGGAAGUGGGGUUUUGUGGGGAGAGAUAUGUAUUCUUAUCCGGUUUUUCAGGCUGGGCCUAGGGUUUGUUUGGGGAAGGAAAUGGCUUUUAUGCAAAUGAAGAGGAUUGUUGGUGGGAUUGUUGGGAAGUUUAAGGUGGUUCCUGAGGGGAAUAUGGGUGAUCAUCCUGGUUUCAUUUCUUUUUUGACUUCGCAGAUGGAAGGUGGAUUUCCUGUCACUAUUCAGAAGGUUACUUGAUUGAUUCAUGACUUGGCAGAUGGAAGGUGGAAGGUGGAGUAAUAGGAAUUGAUAAAAGAAUAAAGAAAUAAAGUUGAUUGAUUGACUUCGCAGAUGGAAGGUGAAUUUCCUGUCACCAUGUAAAGUUGACUUGUUUGUUUGCUUUAAUGUUUAGAUUAUUCAAGAAUCUAGAGGUUUGAAUUUUAGGAUUGACUAUGUGCCGUACAUACUGUAUGAUAUAUAGCGCGUUGUAUUUUGUUUUUCGGUUGUCGGUUUCGACGGAUGUUUUGCCUGUGGGAUAGGUAUAAUGUAAUGUAAGUUGCUUAUUUAAUAGCAUACGUGAUGUUUUAUGGUAAAUAAUACUUCAAUUGAAGUUUGAUAAACAACUCUGGAGGAUUUAACA